GACUGUUGGGCGCUUGGAGUGCUACUGUAUCGACUCUGCUAUCGGGAAACUCCCUUCCUCAAGUGUGACGAAGCUCUGAACUUGCACUACGUAUUACCCGAUGAUGUUUCUCUCGAAUUGGACGAUCUGUUCAUGCGGGUAUUUCACGAAAACGUGCUCUGCCGAGCCGAAGCCUGGGAGAUUCGUCACCACCCGUGGACAAUAGCUGGCAGUAGAAAGAGCUACACUCUUAGCGGUCUCAUCACUGAAAGUACAGAAUAG